UAUGUUCCACAAUAUUGCCCCAAUCGCUAUGCCUUCAUUGCCAACUUCCAAAGAUAAAUAUGAACAACAAAAUAAAAUCGAAAGUGCCAUUCUUUCUUCAAUUAAUGAAAUUGUCCAAACAACAAAAAAUUCUUUGGAUCAAAAAAUAAUUUUAAAUAUGUCAAAUUCUGAUAUUUUAAGUCUUGUAAAAUCUUUGGAUGGAUUUUUUGCUCACGGUUUAAUUAAAAUGGAUAAAUGUUAUUGGUCCUUUGUUAGAGAAUUAAUUCCGAGUGAAGAAAGAAUUGAUUUAAAACAAAAAUGGAAUUGUUCUAAUAGAAGGGAGCUGUCGUUAGCGUGGCUGAAGGAUUCGUUGAAUAGGUUGUAA